AUGGAGUUUCCAUGUACUGAGCAUCUGAGCUUGGAGGAAACUGAUUAUGAACUGCGCAUACGGAAUCAACUCGGAGAAAAUAUUGUUGGUUUGGAUCUUUUAGGGAAGCAACGGCGUUUGAGAAAGUUAUUCAAAUCAGAUGCGAAGUCAGGACGCAAGUACAGCUCGUCCAUUAAUAUUCGAGACGAACUUAAUGUUCUGGAAAAAAAUGUGGCGGCGAUUGGAAGGGAAGUUAAGCAAAAAGGGUUUGAGUCGAACCAUAAAUCAAAGUUGUUGCAUUAUUUGUAUAGAACAGAAAGAUGUACGGUUAACGAUGAAGGGGAACAGCUGCUGAAAGAUGGAGUGCUGCGUUGUUUAGGUAAAAUGAUUAAAGAAUAUGACGCAGAUAAAUUAUCAGAUGAAGCGAAAAAUGAUUGUACGAACGUCAAUGCGAAGAUAGAUGCGGAGUGUCCAGUAGAUUUCGUUCCGCAAGAGACGGAAACAGAACAGCAAGAAAUCAAUGUGCUACAGGAAAUAGCACAACUGCGUGGAAAGGUAGAAUAUUUGGAGAGAACACUUAGCGAUCUUAUGUCGAGACUAGCAAUCAAGGAGACGACUAACCAAAUUAGUAUACCUAUACAUAAUGUUGAGGGAAACACAUCUAAUGAAAAUGUAGAAAGCGAUUCAGAAGAUAACGAGUUAGAUUCGGGUCAAAAUAGAUUUUCUCAACAACAAAAUGAAAGUAGGAGAAAUGCAAACGGGGAUGAUUCAGAAUUAUCAGUAAAUUUACAACCUUCCAGCAUAAAUAGCUCUAGGCAACGAAGGAGGAAAGAACGACACAGUGGUGAGCUAGAUAGGAGAGAUUACAUAAGUGAGCGAAUCGGAAAAUGGCGAAUGAAGUUCACAGGCCAACCUAGAACUCUAAGCGUUGAGAAUUUCUUAUAUAAAUUGGAGAAGAUAGCUUAUAGAGAAGACGUUUCUGCUAAGGAUAUUCUGAAAAGAAUUCAUGUACUGUUGGAUGGAUCAGCGCUAGAAUGGUUCUUCACGUACGUAGACGAGUUGAAUGAUUGGGAUUCGUUUGAACGUCGGAUUAGGAAUCGUUUCGGUAACCCUAAUUACGAUCAAGCAAUCCGUCAGAAUAUAUUCGACCGAAAGCAGCGUCGAGAUGAAACAUUCGUUGCAUUUGUGGAGGGAAUUGAACAGCUCAAUAAAAUGCUGUCAAAACCACUUUCAAAGCGACGAAAAUUCGAAAUUAUUUUCGAUAAUAUGAGACAACAUUAUCGUUCAAGGAUCUCUAUUAUUGAUGUGAAUGAUCUGGACCAUUUGAUGGACCUGAAUUAUCGAAUCGAUGCAACUGAUUCUGCCCUCCAAAAGGCAUGGGAAAGUUCCACUCUAAAACCAAUCCAUUGCAUUGAGACGAUGGAAAGCAGAAAUGAAGAAGCCAAUUGGAUAGUAGAUAGAAGAAGAACGAGAAAUUCUAGUACCACAAAGACCUGUUGGAAUUGUCAACAACAGGGGCAUUGUUGGAGGAACUGUAAUGAACGGAAAUUAAUUUUCUGUUAUGGUUGCGGAAAUAUGGGCAGAACGACACGAAGCUGUGAACGUUGUACUGUUCAUAAUAGAAAUGAGAGAAAUCUGGACAAUAAUGUGUUGACACAAGGCAGAAGACGUGAUAGAUAGGCAUCCUUCUUUGUUCGCCUCUCCAUAAUCCUUCUUCCUAUGUGUAUAUUCGUGUGUAUAUGUUUGUUGUUCAAGCUAUGUACCUUUCAUGAAGGAACUAAUAACAAAAAACACACCUAUGUGGAAAGUCCUACGUCGAAUCCCAUCGAUUGAGGAAUCGUUGAUUCUUUGGAAGAUUGCUUGAAGUCUGAGUUGAGAGCUCACAAUGAUCCGGGAAAAGUAGCAAAGUUCACGAAGAAAAUGAACGAGUCGGAGCUAUGACCUGUGCAAAGUAGCGGUCAUGGUACCGUGAAGCGUAAAGCGAGCACUGAUAAUGACUUUCGAAAUUAUCAGUAGUGGACUUUGUGAAGAAACGAAGAGUAGAGCGCCUCAGCACUAGAGAGCAGUCCGAAGAAGAAGAGACUUGAUAAACCUCUCGAUUGGUUGAUUCCGUAGAAUCAAGUUUUUUUUCAAAGCUAUGUAGCCGAAGUGACAAACGGGAAUCCCAACGAAAGCAUUAAAAAGAGACCGAAUCGAGUGAACAACGCGACUCGAAUUGUAAAUACAAUGUAAUUAUUAGUAGUAGAUUAAUUCAUUAAUUUUCUUCCUAUUUCCCUAAUCCUUAUUUUCUAUUAUUAGUCCUAGAUCUAGUUAAAUUAGUUGUUAAAUUAUUAAAAAGUAAUAGUCACUCACGUUUUUUCCUCGUUUAUGGUCUUUCUUUGCUUAGUUUGUUUCAUCGUCACUUUUCCGUUCCAGUAUUCCAUUUUUGUUGUUGUUUUCUUUCGAAGAAAUUCUUUAGUUUUUUUUGUAGAAUGACUUCCUGAUUUAGUUCCUAAAAUAAUAUGUAAAAAUUAAUAAAUAUUUAGAUUUAAUAAGUUACUUGUUAUUAUUAUCGUUGUGGUUCCGGUUCGUCACUGUCCUCCAGCUCGCAUCCUUUGUCCCAUCCUGUAGAAUAGUCCCGAAUCAGUGUCCUGUCCCAGAUGCUCCCGUUGAUGUGAUGUAUUUUUCAGGUUUUGUCCAUAGCUGCUGCCAACCUUUCCCGUCUUCCAUUUGUUUUCUUGAUUGCUUCAAUUCCGGUCCUGUUUUCUCCUGUUGUGUGUUCCCAAGAAUGGUCCUGUCGUGUUCCAGAAUCCUCUGUCCUCAUAAUCCUCGUCCUUCGUCGGUCGUUGUCUUGAUCGGUUUCCCCAGCAACAUGUCCAUCCAAUCGGUGAUGCUGCUCCCCUUGUCGAACCUAAUCUGGGGAAGAAAGAGAAGAAAAAAGCUUUACAUCUAAUAGUUGGAACGACUUACCAUUUACACUUUCCUUUUUCCGUCCAUAUCGUUCCACAAAGUUUUUUUUCCCCUUAUACACGGAAUCGUCCGUGUAAGAAUUAAAAUAAAAAUUAAAUUACACUGCCCUGACAAACCUUCGCACCGGUUUGUUUACUUCUCAAACACUGUUUGGUUGGCAAUAGCGUGAGUGAAUGGUGUGAGUGUAUUGGGGAGAAUGAGUGUACAUCGCUUGUAAGCGAGGGGUGCGUGAAUGUUUGAUUGGUUGAAUAUUUAGUUUUGUUUUGUAAUUUUGUUAGGAAAAAGGUCAUCUAAUCGUUGGUAGCAUGCCAACGAUUGAGAAUGACGAACUUUAAGAUCUUUCUUCUGAUGGGAGCAGGAAAUCUUUGGAUCCUUCCAGAGUAGUUUCCAUAUCCGAAGAAAUUUCGGGCAAAUUUAAGAUGGAUAUUGUUUUCAUUCCUUUUUACUUGGAUAAAGUUCUGAGGUCGGAAUGAACAAUAUUCAUCGAGUUAUUUUUUCGACGUAGGUCGAUAGUACGUUCUUUUUUACAUCUCCAGAAAUACUUCUAUUUAUGAGAAGUGGAGGAUGUAAAGAUUUUAGUUAUAGUUUUGAGUAAUUUCGAGUAUAUUUUUUCUUCAUUUUGUGUAAAUAGGAUUGUCAACUAAAUAGUAGCUCUGGAAGGUCAGAUCGAUUGAUGUUUUUUUUUCUCGAGUUUUUUCUUGUCUCUCAGUUUAGUGGUUUUCGGUUAGUUAGUUCUCUAUAAUACCAGUAAUUUUUGAUGGGCGUUUAGAGUUAACCUUUGCAGGGUUUCACAUGACAUUUCGCUGGAGACCGGAGCUGCAAAGCGUUGAUGGUCAGUUACAGACAGAUCAAUUGAUCUGAUACUGGAAAUAGAGGAUGAGUCCAUUCAGUUUGACGAUGACCACAUAUGACCCCGAAAAUGUUACUAAACAAUUCUGCGAAGGGAGACUCUAUUUUCGCCUUCGAAAAUUUGAUUGGUGCAGGCCAAUCAAAUUUUCGAAAAUUAAGCAGGGAAUGAUGUAGCACGGUACUGAUUUCGACUUUUGGAAGCCCCUCGUUUCGUUAUUUUGAGUUUCAGAUCCAACACAAUCUCUCCUGUGUGGAUCUGGGAUUCUCUCUUCUUUCUAUGUAUUGGAUGUUUGGCAACGCGAGUGCCGCUCCCGAUUUUAGAUUUGAGCAACUAGCCAUAAUGGGUGCUGGAUGUGACUGGGCGGCUGUUUUAGCCAAGACACCCACAUACCAACACUCCGAAAGACUCAUGCUUUCUUUUUUUUUUUUUGCUAUUUUUUCAUUUGGAUAUUUCCCCCAAAUAGCAGAGUCUUUCGGCGGGGUUUUCUUGUUCUUCAAAUUUCAAAACCCGGCGAGCGCUUCGACUUGAACUCUGCUCGGGAGGUUAAAGGGUAUCGCCCGCGAAUGCUUGAAUGCGCGACCAAUGAAAGCGCAGGGGAAUUUCGGUGUGAAUACGGAAUAGUUAACAUCGUUAACUAUUACGUAAUUCCGGUUCCAAUGAAUGUCUCGCUGAUCUGAGGAUCUUGAGAUAUGCUUGCCCAUUCCGACUUCGACCGUGGAAUAGGCAGGGCGGACCAGUUUUUUUUGCAUCGCGAGUGGACGGUAAAAAGUUAGUUUAAAAUAAGUUUUUCCGAGAAAUCGAAAAGUGUAAUUCUUCGCUUGUGUUCCCGUUUAGCGAAAUCAAAGGAAGGAGCCGUAUCCUGACCCCAUGAUCGAAGAUUGGAUCUUCGCCACCACAUCAGUCAAACCAGGUGGCCGCGCGAAGCGCGAAUCGUCACUCGAAUCAAGGGAAGGCGCAGCACGGCACCACUACACGUCGGAUGCGCAUUCAACGUCUACGUCCCAUCAUCUACGCCUACGGACUCGUCAUUCAUCGCCUACCGUGGAACGGCGGUAAAGUAGAUGCACGUAAAGCCUAGGUAGUGUAAGCCCAAGGACUCCAACACUCUGCAAACGUGUCAAGAUGAUGUACCUUUUGAACGCGACAACGCGCAUAGAACUCAAACUCAAGCUGGCCAUGUGAGAAAAUGUUUCGCACCGUAAGAAGAAACGCGUGGGGACAGCACAGCCUUUUUUGGUUUAGGGGGGAUUUGAUCGCCAUCGUCGCAAAUCAGGUUUCCCGUAUUUCUACUCUUGCGACAGGUAGAUCGUGACCAACCAGCUACCCGCCAGUCAGUCAGAGAACCAGCUAGCCACGUAAUCAUUAGUCAUAGGAAUUUUUAUUUUCUGCUCAAAUUAGAGCAAUUUCCGCUAAGCGCGCGCUCUGCGCUAAAUUUGUGAUCAAUGGGAUAAUUGGAGGUUUUAAAAUUGAUUGAAUUCGAUUGUUGCUUUGUGUUGCUCGGUGUUUCGGCCCGUUGACAACGCUUUCACUUCAGCCCUUGGGGCAGUGAGUGCCGCAUUUUGUAGGAGAGUCUUACUUCUUCGCUCAUUUAUUGAUAGUGGUUAGACAGGAUGAUGUUAAUUUUAUUUCUUUUUUUAUGGCUAAACAUUAGAAGCAUUAUUGGCGAAAGGUACAGGAUUUCAAUAAUAUAAAAUUGCCAUUAUGUGCUAUUUUAUGAUUACUGAAGCAAUGUGAAGCUUGAAAGUUUUUAGUUGUUGUCGCUUCUGAAACCUGCAUUUUACUAAUGUGGGUAUUUUCAACAUUUCUGUGUCACGGUUUUCAUCGUACUCAAUGGGCAAGACUUUCACUUACACGUCCGGUAACCGCUAGUUCUAAUCUUGCCAGCCUUUGGACGGAAGUAGAUCUUGGAAGAAUCCGACUGACUAUGCCAGCAAGCCAAAAGUCGAUAUUAAGUUUAUAAAAUUUGUUGUUUUUGGUGAGAUGAAUAUCGAAAUCGAAAUGAUUUGACUAAUAGAAUACAGUGUUUCGUCAAAAUAUUCCGAAGAAAGUUAGGUAAGAAAUUAAAAUAAAAAAAAAAUUAAAUGGUUUUAAUGUAGAGAAGUAUACUGAUGAUACAGAUAAUUUACUAAAAACUAGAAAAUAAUUAGACAAGCAGCAGUUGGUAGUUAUCACAUCCGUUCCUUCAUUAAUUUAGGACAACGAUGAGACAUUCAACCAUUUUCCAGCGACGGCCAAAUUGAAUUUUUCAAGAUCAUGGAAUACGUAGUUUUAUAAUGACAGUAGAAUUAAAGGUGUCUUCUAAAUUUCAGAUCAAUCAUUCAACAGGAACGGGUUCAAUUUUCUAUUAAUGUGAAACAACCCUAAAAACAUUAAAACAUACAUACAGACAGUUCAAGCUGAAUGAAACAAUUUAAAAAAUAAUUAGUUGUUUGAGGACUGCGGCCAUCUUGGAGUUGGAUUUUUCAUGAUCUGCUAUGUUCUACUAGUCGAGAACUUUCUUUUGAUACCAAUAUUGAUGAGGUUUUGAAAAAAAAAUAUAUAUGGCGCCAUUCUGUGGUGGCGGUCAUUUUGGAUUCACAAAUAACUGUGUUCUACUAGUCAAGCCCUUUCAUUUGAUAUCCACAUUGAAGUGGUUCUGAGAAAAUAUGUAAUACGCCAUUUUGUAGCGACCGCCAUCUUGGAUUUUCAAAAUCAUGGAAUACGCAGUUUUAUAAUGACACCAGAGAUAAAGAUGUGUUCUAAAUUUCAGAUCAAUCGGUCAACAGGAAUGGGGUUAAAUUUCUAUUAAUGUGGUACAGUUCUACAUACAAAGUUACAAAGUCACAAACAUACAAAUGGGUCAACCUAGAUAAAACCGUUAAAUAAA